UUCCUGACUGUCAGGAGACAUGAUAAAAUUCCUUCAUGAGGUCAUCGUCAUUUGUGACUUUAGAGUGCCAAAUGCAGAUAAGCUACUCUGUCAGAUUAUUGUCCUUCAUUUUGAAAUGUGAAACAGUUAUGAAAGACUUGUCUCCUAGACAUUCCAUUUGUAUCCCUUUUAGGAGAUGUUGAAAUGACAGUAAACUUUGCUUUUAUUGUGCAGAGAGAAAACAAAUGUAUCCCUCUCCAUGUCCUCCAAGUUCUCCUGGUCCAGCCUGAUGAACAUUAUGGAUGCUAUCCAGAGAAAGCAUCUUAUUCCACAUUUGUUUAUUCCGAUGUUUUGUUGGUGUUUCCUGAUUUCUAUAAAUCUCAUUUUUAAUUUAGUUCACUGUGUACAUAACCUGUCAUGACUCCACAUGUAAAUACGCAAACGCGUGCAGUCUCUGGGAUGCCUCUACUAAGCCAAUCUUACUGGAGGAUAGUUCAACGCCCUUGUUUGACAAAGCAAAGGCGACUAAACUCGAUUGAACCAAAUGUGCAACUUUUUUUUAUUUUCUCCCUAUCGUGUACAGCCAUUCGACUUACCAAAAUUGUGACAAAGCAUUCUCACUGGAUGGGAAAUGUACAGUAAUAAAGUUCUAAAAGGGAUUCACAUGUCACUUCAGUUCCAACAACGGAGCUCAGCCUGGAGAUAUUGGGAGGCUAGACUUGCUUCUCAGUCACUUCAAAUUUGUAGUUUCUUUGUCUGAGUAGUUCUACUGUCUACUCUAUAAGACGAUACAAAAGGCAGAUGUAUUCCGGUUGAAUUGUUACACACAAAUUCUCAUCACACAAAUGCACACAUUCUCUCACAAUGUAUAUAAAUGUAAAGAACACCAAUACACACACGUACAUUACAAACAAAAUGGUAUGAACUUCUAAAUGGGGGAACUGGUGGAGAUACAGGAGAACACCCUCACGAUGGACUUUGGUGACGUCAGCUGGAAUGUGUGGAUCGGAUUUAAAGCUCAGAUGUAGUCUCACAAAUCCAUCAGUGGCGUUUCGGUAGCAGCCAACUCCUAUGUGGCAGGGCUGAGUGCUGAUGGGAUAUUAGCCUACAGUCAACUUAUGUCCUCCAGUGGAGGAGAGCAUGGUUGACCUAGAGCAGACUCUAGAUGGACCUUGUAGCUCAAGAGAAUGAUAAGGACAUUGAGUAAAAAUAAACAUUAAGGGCACUAUUCAAUCAGAUCAGCUUUAGCCGACAUCUGCAUAUCGGUUAUUUUGGCAGUGUCAGAAGUGGAACUGCGUUUGAACUGUCAAAUGAUUAUACCUAAAGCGGACAUUGCCAUUGGCUGCACGGGGUCACAUUAACAGAAAUCCCAUGCAGCCUUGUUUACAAGUUGGAACAGUGGAAUAUGAGAUUGAAUCUACGCCUCCAUUAGGAUGAUAGAAACCCUCAUUAUUUAGUUGAAUGAAAUUUCAAUUUGAGCAUAAUUAUUUCUAUAUAGCCUGCACUUCCUCAUUCAGAACUUCCAACACAAGAGGGGUGGGCUUCGUGACAAUGAUCGCAAGAACAGAUGCUCACCAAUUUGACAGCUUCAAAGCAGUUCCACCUCCGACACCAUCAAGCAUCCGCUAUAAGGGUGUUUGCUAUCGCAGGUUAAAUGCUUAUUGAAUUUAGGCCUAAAAGUUUGUUCCUAAUAAAAAAUAAAUGAAAGGAAACAGGCAAAUUUUAUUUGAAGUGUUACAUUUUGCGACAUAACUAUCUUGAGGAGCCAAUGUCCAAGGAUUUUUACAAUUCGAUUGUGUUUCUCAUUUUGUGGGAAGCCUUCCCUUUUACAUCAUGCGCAUGGAUUUCACUAACUAAUCAAUUAUUAUUUUCCAUCACCUCAAAUGAAUGUAAUCUAUUUUAAGGCAGACUGAAACAUUUGUAAACAUCAUUUCAUAAUCACUUACAAAAACAAUGACAACAUUUCUCAGUAUUCAAUCAGAUCUGAGGAAGAGGUCCUGUUUAAGGCAGAGGGAUUCACCUUUGACUUUCCAUAUAGCAGUGGUCCUUCCAUAGACUAUCUCUGAAUUGGUUAUCAUUGCGUAUCUCUGCAUACCAUUACUCUGUAGACUGCUGUGGUGAUCCAAGCCGUCUAACUCGAGUGCAUUGUCUGACAUCAGGUGGCGUCACUCCUACAGUUGAAGUCGGAAGUUUACAUACACUUAGGUUGGAGUCAUUAAAACUCAUUUUUCAACCACCCCACAAAUUUCUUGUUAACAAACUAUAGUUUUGGCAAGUUGGUUAGGACAUCUACUUUGCGCAUGACACAAGUAAUUUUUAACAAUUGUUUACAGACAGAUUAUUUAACUUAUAAUUCACUAUAUCACAAUUCCAGUGGGUCAGAAGUUUACAUACACUAAGUUGACUGUGCCUUUAAACAGCUUGGAAAAUUAUAUGUUUUUAGAAGCUUCUGAUAGGCUAAUUGACAUCAUUUGAGUCAAUUGGAGGUGCAUUUCAAGGCCUACCUUCAAACUCAGUGCCUCUUUGCUUGACAUCAUGGGACAUUCUAAAGAAAUCAGCCAAGACCUCCACAAGUCUGCUUCAUCCUUGGGAGCAAUUUCCAAAUGCCUGAAGGUACCACAUUUAUCUGUACAGGUGCACGGUGUUUCCUCCGACACAUUGGUGCGGCUGGCUUCCGGGUUGGAUGUACGCUGUGUUAAGAAGCAGUGCGGCUUGGUUGGGUUGUGUAUCGGAGGACGCAUGACUUUCAACCUUCGUCUCUCCCGAGCCCGUAUGGGAGUUGUAGCGAUGAGACAAGAUAGUAGCUACUAAACAAUUGGAUACCACGAAAUUGGGGAGAAAAAGGGGUAAAAUAAAUAAAUAAAUAAAUAAAUAAACACCAUGGUACCACACAGCCGUCAUGUCAUACCGCUCAGGAAGGAGACGAGUUCUGUUUCCUAGAGAUGAACGUACUUUGGUGCGAAAAGUGCAAAUCAAUCCCAGAACAACAGCAAAGGACCUUGUGAAAAUGCUGGAGGAAACCGGUACAAAAGUAUCUAUAGCCAGAGUAACAUAGCCUGAAAGGCCGCUCAGCAAGGAAGAAGCCACUGCUCCACACCCGCCAUAAAAAAGCCAGACAUAAUGUUAUGUUUGGAGGAAAAAGGGGGAGGCUUGCAAGCCAAAGAAUACCUUCCCAACUGUGAAGCACGGGGGUGGCAGCAUCAUGUUGUGGGGGUGCUUUGCUGCAAGAGGGACUGGUGCACUUCACAAAAUAGAUGGCUUUAUUGUGGAUUUAUUGAAGCAACGUCUCAAAACAUCCGUCAGGAAGUUAAAGCUUGGUCGCAAAUGGGUCUUCCAAAUGGACAAUGACCCCAAGCAUGCUUACAAAGUCAAAGAAUAGGAGUGGCCAUCACAAAGCCCUGACCUCAAUCCCAUAUAAAAUGUGUGGCCAGAACUGAAAAAGCAUGUGCGAGCAAGGAGGCCUACAAAACUGACUCAGUUACACCAGCUCUGUAAGGAGGAAUAAGCCAAAAUUCACCCGACUUAUUGUGGGAAGCUUGUGGAAGGCUACCUGAAACGUGUGACCCAAGUUAUCCGAAUUAAAGGCAAUGCUACCGAAUACUAAUUGAGUGUAUGUAAACUUCUGACCCACUGGGAAUGUGAUGAAAGUAAAUAAAGUAAAUAAAUAAUUCUCUUUACUAUUAUUCUGACAUUUCACAUUCUUUAAAAUAAUGUGAUGAUCCUAACUGACCUAAAACAGGGAAUUUUUACUCGGAUUAAAUGUCAAGAAUUGUGAAAAACUGAGUUUGAACGUAUUUGGCUAAGGUAUAUGUAAACUUCCGACUUCAACUGUAUCUGAUACAAGACAAUGACUUGAGUUAGCUCAUUCAUGGCAAGAGUAGGUGAACUACUUCUGAGGAUUUGGUCAUGUUAUCCUGUAAUAGCCAUGCAGCAGUGAGGGAUUUUGAAUGGGUCAAAGAAGUGCUGCUGUAUAUCCUGGUCACCCUUAAUACCCUGUUACCCUAUAAACACAUAGUCAUGCCUAAUACUAGAGGUGGCUGAAACCUUGCAUUACAUCUACGUACUGUGUGUGUAGCUAAGAGUACACAUGUGUACUUGUGUUUGUACGUGUGUCAAUGUGUAUGUGCAUGCUUGCCUGGUUUGACCUGCAUGUGUGUGUCUGUGUGUCUGUAUGUCUGUGUGUCUGUGUGUCUGUGUUUCACCACCGCGCAUGUUUUUCAUUGAAAGUCAUCCCCUAAAAUAAAAACAUUCCGUUUGUUUUUUGACAAAUGUUGAACGGUGAACAUGUUUUUCUUUACAGGCGAUUUCGUAGACACUACAGACGUCCCUGGUUCUCUCUGUCUGUACAAAGUGCUGUGCUGUCUUAAAUGUUCUGACUACAUCUUGUUUAUUCGUUUGGGUUUUGUAUACUGCGUCACAUAACAGAUUUCCUUUAUUUCACUGCAGCAUACAUUUUUUUUAUUUGGCUGUGAUGUCAGUGUUCCAAUCUCAUCUGAGUGGAGGCGUUAUCCCCUGAAUGUGGAGCUAGGCUGGGUGUGAUGCGGCGGAUCAGUUGAGUGACAGAGGGGGGACCUAGGGUAACCCAGGGAAGGUUUAGGAUUCUAAACACAUCUGGAUGGGAUUUGGCUGCAGGCAGCAAUGGAAAGGAGAAGGAAAGUGUGACCUCAGACGGAUGCUGUGUUUUAAGAUCCGCUCAGGUAGAACAACAUCAAGAAUCACUUCAUCUUGCGAAGACAUGUGAUCUCGAUACGCUUUUCCCUUGCACCCGAAUCCUUUCUCUUCACAUUCAGAUUGAAAGCAGCUGAGCCAGCAUACCUCAUGAGACCACCCUCAUCCAGGGUGACUUUUGUGGUGGGUGUACUAUUUAGAUUUUGCAUUGUCACUGAAAUGUUCCCAGAGGCCCCUAAGGCUAGGUAUCUGCCUCAAGUGCACAACCUCACAGUCCCACCUGGGGUUACAGCUAACAGCAUUAUAACUGCACCAGCCACCAUGCUAUUUAUACUUGAAGUAUAGACUCUUGUCCCGUAUGACUCAGUUGGUAGAGCAUGGCACUUGCAAUGCUAGGGUUGUGGGUACAAUUCCCACAAGGGACCAGUAUGAACAAAUCUACAAAUGUAUGCACUGCACUUACUAAUCCCGAGGGAUAAGAGCGUCUGCUAAAUGACUUAUAUGAAGUAGCCUAGACACUCCAAUAGAAAACACCUGUGGUUGAUUCCUUUCUAUUCAACCAUUUUAUAAUUUGAAAGCGCUAUCAUGUCUCAAUUCACACUUUCUCAUCAGUGUGUAAUAUGAGGGGUCCUUGAGGAUUGCUACUGGGAAGCCCAGUAUUAAAGCUCACCAGCAUUGACACACAGUAUCUAUCAACACUAAUGAGGAAUCAAUGUCCACAGUCAGUAUCGAAACCCAAAGCACGUGACCCACCCGCCCCUGUAUCAGUCUAUUUAUAGUCAUUGGCAGAGAACAUUGUUGUUCUUCGAAGGCUUUACCCUUGAAAUAUGAUGACUUAGUUUUUUAGCUCAGGGUGCCUGUGUUGGAACGUGCUGAGUUAUGUUUUGAUGGGCUGGAAUGGACACGGGGCCCGGGUGUGAGCUGACGGUAACCUGAGCAACGGGUGGUUUCGUCCCCUGUUCCCAUGCUUCACUUCCCAAGCUGCUUGGAUUGCCAGGUUUGCUCCAUCUAUUCCAAUGCUUCGAUCAAGAGUUCACCUGCAAAAGAGUCCAUGAAGACAGAACUCAUGCCAUUGUUUUACGGGUCAGUUAUAGGUCAUCUGAUGGACCUGCAGGCCCUGUCCAGAGGAGUGCAGCAGCAGCAUCACAACCGGAUCUGGAACAGGACCAGGCAGGCUCGAGCCCGUCGCCAGGCCAACGAGGAACACGAGCUGUUCAACAUCGAGGUUCUACUCGGGGUGGACUCCUCUGUGGUCCACUUCCAUGGCAGAGAGCACAUCCAGAAGUACCUCCUCACCCUCAUGAACAUAGUGAAUCAGAUUUACCAGGAUCGUACCCUGGGUGCUCACAUCAACGUGGUUCUGGUCCGUAUCAUCAUGCUGUGUCCUGCCAAGUCUAUGAGUCUGAUAGAGCUGGGCAACCCGUCUCAGAGUCUAGAGAACAUAUGUCGCUGGGCCUUCCUGCAGCAGAAGGAAGACAGGAGUGAUCCAGAGUACCAUGACCAUGCCAUCUUCCUCACCCGACAGGAGUUUGGACCCUCCGGCAUGCAAGGUUACGCUCCUGUAACGGGCAUGUGCCACCCAGUGCGGAGCUGCACUCUCAACCACGAGGAUGGCUUCUCCUCUGCCUUCGUCGUGGCACAUGAGACUGGACAUGUGCUGGGUAUGGAGCAUGAUGGCCCCCCUGGUAAUGAAUGUGGCGACGAGGUGCCCAUGGGCAGCAUCAUGGCCCCUCUGGUGCAGGCUGCCUUCCAUCGCUUCCACUGGUCCCGAUGCAGCCAGGCGGAGCUCAGCAAGUACCUGAACUCCUAUGACUGUCUCCGUGACGACCCCUUUGACCAUGACUGGCCGGCGUUGCCACAGUUACCAGGGAUCCACUACUCCAUGGACGAGCAGUGUCGAUUUGACUUUGGCGCCGGCUACAUCAUGUGCACGGCGUACAGCACCUAUGACCCCUGCAAGCAGCUCUGGUGCAGUCACCCAGACAACCCAUUCUUCUGCAAAACCAAGAAGGGUCCGCCCAUCGACGGCACUAAGUGUUCACCGGGGAUGCACUGCUUCAAAGGUUACUGCAUCAAGUUGACUCCAGACAUUCUAAGGCAGGAUGGUGGUUGGGGCACGUGGAGUAAAUUUGGCUCCUGCUCUCGCACCUGUGGGGGCGGUGUGCGCUUCCGGACCCGUCAGUGUGACAACCCAACCCCUGCCAAUGGAGGACGCACCUGCUAUGGCAACAGCUAUGAAUUCCAGCUGUGCAACCUAGAGGAGUGCUCCGAGCCUUUCGCUGACUUCAGGGAGGAGCAGUGCAAGAUGUGGGACCCCUACUUUGAGUAUGACAACACCAAGCACCACUGGCUGCCCUAUGAGCAUCCUGACUCUGAUGAGAGAUGCCAACUCUACUGCAAGUCUAAGGAGACAGGAGACGUGGUGGCCAUGAACAGGAUGGUGCACGAUGGCACACGCUGCUCCUACAAAGACCCUUACAGUAUAUGUGUGCGGGGGGACUGUGAGCACGUUGGCUGUGAUAACCAGAUAGCCUCCGACACGCAGGAGGACAAAUGUGGGAUAUGUGGUGGAGACAACUCCAGCUGUAAGAUCAUCAAGGGCAACUUCACUAGAAGCGUUAAAAAACAAGGUUUCCUCAAGAUACUUGAAAUCCCCCGAGGGGCCAGGCAUCUGUUGAUCCAGGAGUUCAAGGGGACCCCUCACAUCCUAGCGGUGAAGAACCAGGCCACAGGUCAUCUGUUUCUGAAUAACGAGGAUGAGUUCCCGGAGUCCCGUAUGGUGAUAGAGAAGGGGGUGGAGUGGGAGUACCACAACGAUGACGACACGGAGACCGUCCAGACCACAGGACCUCUGGGAUAUGCUGUUCUGGUCAUGAUCCGUUCCCACGGUGACUCCAAAGUGACCCUCUCCUACAAAUACAUUCUGCACGAGAAGCUGCAGUCAUCCAUAGAGAGCAACCUGGUGCAGGAGGACACAGCCUACUUUGAAUGGGCUCUGAAAAAGUGGUCUCAGUGCUCUAAACCCUGUGGAGGAGGUAAGCAGUACACACGGUUUGGCUGCAGGAGAAAGUCCGAUGGGAAGAUGGUCCACCGCAGCUACUGUGUGAACAUCGACAAUCUCAGAGCUAUCAGCAGGGAUUGUAACCAGAAAGAGUGCUCCCAGCCAGUUUGGAUCACUGGGGACUGGGAGGAGUGCAGUUCAUCCUGUGGGAAGACUGGCUACCAGAGCCGCUCUGUACGCUGUCAGCAGCCCCUCUCUGGAGGUGGCCAACGUUCCAUCCACAGCAAGUACUGUAAUGAUGACAGGCCAGAGGGACGACGACCCUGCAACCGCCAGCUCUGCCCUGCCCAGUGGAGAGUAGGACCCUGGUCCCAGUGUUCGGUGACGUGUGGUAACGGGAGCCAGGAGCGCCAGGUUCUGUGUAGCACUCCUGAUAACUCAGUUGGACUCUGCAUGGAGACCAAACCCAUUACACUCAGGACCUGCCAGCUAGUCCCCUGCACAGGUGACGGAAAAAACGUUUUGAUCCAGUGGCUGUCACGGUCCAACCCAGAAUUUCCUGUACCCAAGAUCUCCUCAAGGCAGUGUAAGGGGGAUAGGUCAGCGUUCUGUCGUAUGGAGGUGCUGAGCAGGUACUGCACCAACACGGGGUACAGACAGAUGUGCUGCAAGUCCUGCACUGAGGGGAACUUCACCACUAUGGGCCAGAACCUCACCACUGGGCCCUGGAGGUACACCACACUACCCACCCCCACCAAUGGCACCUAUUCAACAACCCCAACAACAACCCUCAGACCCAAACCCACCGCUGGGAUAUAUAGCACUGACUUUGCUUAUGUCGAGCAUGAUGAUUAUGGGGAGUAUACAACCAAAACCGACGAACGCAGCACAACUAAAACACAUAGGCCUACCACCACCCCUGGAUUAACCACUAGACAGCCCAGAAGAAUAACCACCUCCCUGGUUACUGCCAGAAGUACUAAACCUCCAACCACCACCACUGAGGAGACUACGGUUCCCAGAAACUCCGUCAUCACCGCCACUACCGCUGAACCCACCACAAUCCCCACCAGUCAGGACCCAUCAACUCUCAGAACUACAAAUGUCCCCAAGUCCACCACAGCUUGGGUUGAUGUUAUUGAGAGGGAGUCCUGGACAACCCUGGCUCCAUCCACUUCCAGACCUAAAGGAGACAAGAGACGGAAAAGCAUUCCAACACAGCGUAGGGUCAUUGUGACACUCAUGCCCUCCACCAGAGCCCCCCACAGGACAGAGGACAAGCGAGAAAACAACUUGGUGGACGUGCCGUAUAGGAUCGUUGGUGUAGACAAUGAGGUCUUUCAAAACCACUUUGUUCCUAGAAUACGGCCUCCAUUCCGAGAAACGACACGAAACAAGAGGAUACAAGAACUCCUAGCCGAGAAACAGAUGCAAGACUUACUUCUCAGACGAGCAAAAAGAAAACCAGGACCUUGAUAGUGAGUCAUUCAAGACAUCUUUGUUAGUGCUCUAUAUGGAAAUAUUUCUAUUGAACACCUGCAUAACCAUUUUGCUUUAUUGAAACCAGAGUGAAACCAGUUCAGAGACUGUCAGUCAUGUAGAAAUUAAAACUUGCGGCUUGAAGAUUGGAAUUUGGCCUGCUUUGCUUUUUUUUAUCCAAUGAGGAAAGGGAACAGCAAUGGACAAAACAGACAAAAUACUGAGAAAUUAACUCUACAAUUACUAUUCUGUAAAUACAUUCUCUUGAGCGAUAAUUGCACAUUUGUACUCGCUGCUUGGCAAUGAAGAGAUUUAAUUGUCUUUUAUGCUUUGAUUUUAUUACAUAUCGUACUUUUGUUAAUAUUGUGAACAGUUUACAAUUUGGACCUUUGUAGUUAGUAGAGCAUGGUGCUUGCAACAUCAAGGUAGUCGGUUUGAUUCCCAGGACCACCCGUACAUAAAGAAUGUACAUACAUAUACAUACAUAUAUACAGUAUAUAUAGGGGAGAGUGGAGUAUGUUGAGGCGUUUUUUACAUGCAGUAUCAAGGGAAAUAUACUGUAGUAUUCUUUCUAACAAUGAUAUCUACAUAUAUUUAUUUGUUGUUGUUGUUUAUCCCUGGACAUAAUCAGAAUUAAUGUAAACAUAAUAGUUUUGAAAACAUAACAUUAGUGGUACUGUAUCUUGGCACAACUUACGCCAUGAAUGGGAUAAGUUGUGCAUAGAGACAGGGUAAAUUGAGCAUAGGGACAGGGUAGAUUGAGCAUAGGGACAGGGUAAGUAGAGCAUAGGGACAGGGUAAGGAGAGCAUAGGGACAGGGUAAGGAGAGCAUAGGGACAGGGUAGGUUGAGCAUAGGGACAGGGUAAGUUGAGGAUAGGGACAGGGUAAGUUGAGCAUAGAGACAGGGUAAGUAGAGCAUAGAGACAGGGUAAGUUGAGCAUAGGGACAGGGUAAGUAGAGCAUAGGGACAGGGUAAGGAGAGCAUAGGGACAGGGUAAGUAGAGCAAUAGGACAGGGUAAGUUGAGCAUAGGGACAGGGUAAGUUGAGCAUAGGGACAGGGUAAGUAGAGCAUAGGGACAGGGUAAGUUGAGCAUAGGGACAGGGUAAGGAGAGCAUAGGGACAGGGUAAAGAGAGCAUAGGGACAGGGUAAGUUGAGCCACCUUGGGGUAAGUGGGUGAUGGUGUCCUGUGAUAGUGGGGGCUGGUGCAUGUUCUCAGAGUGUAAGACAUUAAUGUUCUAGACACAUUUCAUGGGAAUGUUGCAAGAACAUUCAUGUGUCCAGGUUCCUAAGGGUUAGGAGAAUGUUCCGCCCGUCCAAACAUACUGUAUACAGAAGAUGGUUGCCAUGCUCUCAGAACAUAAGAUAGUAAUGUUCUAGUAAUGUUUCAUGGGAACAUUGCAAAAACAGUGUGUAAAUCAAGGCCCUGAUUAGUGAACCACUGAUAGGUCUUUGUCUGUUGGCAGAGUUGGGUAUACUCUCACACACAGUGAAUAAUUGAACUUUCAAAGUGUAAUCAUGUGUGUCAAAUAUGUAAGUUAUAAGCACUAACUCUUAUUCAACAUGUCCUCACCUGGGAUUUGAACUCACAACCUCUUGGUCUACAGUACUCCAAUCUUCCUGCUCUCAAUAGUCAGAUUAAUGGAUAUCAGGCAGGGACAUGGUGGCCAUGUCCGUGUCAGAUAUCCAUUAAUCUGAAGAUUGUGUCAUCAUUGAUUUGAUUGACUUAUUUCACAGCAAUUUAAGGGCUUUGUGUAUAGGUGUCUAAUGUUGGUGGGGCAUAUAAACCUGUUUUACUGAUACUCCUGAAUCACUAUUAUCAAUAAAAUACUUUUAACAGAGCUGGAAUUUAGUUUGAAAGUGCAUUCACCCUACUACUUACACCUAUCAAGUUGUUUCAGAUCUACACAAGUGCGUAGGGAAGAGAGGUUAGGGUUUCUUCUGGACAGGACCUAACUGUACUAGACUAUAGAAUAGACUAUAGACUAACUAUACAUGCCCUAGAGAUAACCCUUAUUGGGACAGUGGUUAGGGUGUUUGUCAUUGAUGCUGCUGACCUGCGCUUGAGACCUGCUAAGGGAGUCAUCCUACGCUCACGUUCUCAGCACUAUAUGUUAAUGACAGUUACAACACACUUAUCUGUUCUAAUUCAAAUUAGUUUGAAAGAUGGGAAUCUGUAGGAUUACCUUUGAGCACUAAACGAUGACCAUAUUUCCACUACCUCUCAUAUGUUAUCAGUAUUCAUUAAUUCUAUACAGCUACCUAGUUUAAAUAAAGGUUCAAUAAAAUCAAUUUUUUUCUUGAAAUCCACACCGUUCAAAAAUGGGAUUUAGCAGCUGCAGAUUGCAGAUGAACAUAUUGUGAUGUCUGAUUUGUCCCAAGUGAUA